AUGGGAGCGGGCCAUAUAGUCCAGAAUCUAGCCAUGGACCCCGGCCUAGUCUACGAUGCGGCUCCACAGGACUACGUGUCUCUGUUGUGUUCGAUGAACUUUACGAGGAAUCAGAUUAUGACCAUCACGAGAUCAAACAACUACGACUGUGCAAACUCUUCCCUCGAUCUGAACUACCCGUCGUUCGUGGCGUUUUAUGAUAAAAAUGUGACUACCGGAGCGAUGUUGAAGCACAGGUUUCGAAGAGUUGUGACGAAUGUAGGAGCAGCGGCAACUACGUACAAAGUGAAGGUGGCUCCACCGGAGGGAGUGAAAGUUGCGGUGUGGCCUCAGAGUUUGGUGUUCGGGAAGAAGAACGAGCAGCGAGAUUACUAUGUGAGAUCGUGUAUCCGAGUGAUGGGCAAGGUAGGGUUUUGUAUGGGUCGAUUGUUUGGAGUGAGGAAAGUGGAUCGCAUGUUGUGA